AUGGCUUUAGAUCGCAUCAGCUCGGCCUCGGCACUGCUACUGCUUCCACCCCCACCAGCGGCGUCGUUCGAGCAAUGCAGAAAUGUGUAUGAAUCGCUCCUAUCUACAGUUUUCACCAAGCUUGCUGAACUCAAUGGUACCAACCACGCUGCCAUUUUGGAUAUUGCUCUCUUUCUUCCGGGACUUCAAUCACAUACCUGUCAGCCUCGGGCUAAGUUGUUCAAAAGUCUCCAAUGCUUGCUAGCAAAUCUCUAUAGGCUCAUUGGGAUAGUCUCCGUUGAGAACAAUAUUGAGCUGGAUGCUCCGGGUGGUAUCAACACGCGAGUCAUUCUGCUUGAUUUGGAUACCGUACAUCCUUCCGGGAAGGACUCCUCCCAGGCUUCGCAGAUAGGACCCGUCCUAGACUUGCAAACCCUUGCGACAUCAGCUCGUCCGUGGGACCGAAUCUAUUACCCGGAUAACCAAGUAGGUCAGAAUCUAGCAACGGCCUUCAGUAGUAUCUAUUCCCAGUUUAAGGACCCGAAUGCCGGGGCUCUGCAUUCCAUUUUCGGCGCCUCCAACUGGACAUAUUUGGAAUCAAUUGUGGCGCCGGACGACUCGCGAGGAAGCCAGACAAAUCAUUCGGUUAUUGUAGGCGGCACCUUCGAUCACUUCCAUAUUGGACACAAGUUGCUGCUCACUGCCAUGGCAUUGGUCUUAGAUCCCGUUCGGGACACCAAUCCGGGGAAAGAGGCGCUUCUGACAAUUGGCGUGACUGGUGAUGAACUGCUAGUCAACAAGAAGUAUGCCGAGUGCCUGGAAAGCUGGGAUGAGCGGUGUGAAGGUGUUGCAUCCUUUCUGACGGCCAUCAUGGACUUUUACCCUCCCGACAAGAACGCCACACGUACCGAGCGGGUCACGCAGCCAGGACCUAAUGGAAAAUAUAUUGUGAUGAAAGUACGGUCCGGAUUGACACUGAAACUUGUGCAGAUUUCCGAUCCUUUUGGGCCUACCAUCACGGAGGAGGACAUUAGCGCUAUCGUGGUCUCCCAAGAGACUCGCUCGGGAGGUGCCGCGGUCAACGAAAAACGUGCAGAGAAGGGUUGGAAGAGGCUCGAUGUGUUUGAGAUUGACGUGCUCCAUUCCAAAGACGUGCCGUCAAGUGAUUUCGAAGACUUUGCGUCCAAAAUCAGCAGCACGGAUAUCAGACGGCAGCGGAUGGAACAAGCCAAGAACGAAUCAAGUUGA